UUCUUAUUACUAGUGAAGUUGUCUUUUCACAUUUUAUUUGGCCAUUGCAUUUUCUUGUGUAUGACUUGCCUUAAACUUUUCUAAUUCUUGCAUAUUUUAUUUUUGCUAAACAUUUCAUGAUUUACAAACACACAUUUCCAUCUCUUUUAAUAGUUAUUUUCCUACCCAGAUUUCAAGAGAAAAAGAGAUUUUCUCCUGGCUGUUGUCAGUAGCAGCUAUUUGAAAUGAUAAAGAUUUGAUAAGUGAAACUGGAGAAAUGUGAAUGUUACUGAACGGAUUGCUUCAAGUGAAAGGAAUAUUGCUGAUACCUCUCUGACCGAUGCUUCUUAAAUGAUCAGGCCCCCGAGUCAGGCUGCAGUACCCAAAGGCAUGAGUCCAGGCUUGACAUAUUGGUGGCUGCAUCCUGGAAUCAUUUUCUGACUCUCACCCUAACAUUGAUGUUGUGUAAGGCCUAGAUUACUUAAACAAUCUCUAGCCUGUCUGAGGACGUCUUUCUUACUAUCUACCCUUUUCUUUAAAUAUGCCUUGGGGGGAAAAGUUACAUUUUGUCUUGCUUCGUGUGCAUAGUGGAUGUCUUCCAUUGCAAAGGGAAUGGUUUUACUGUUUUCCUCAUCUCACCUGAAAGGAUGACCCGGAACUUUAUAAAGACCAGAGAGCAUUCAAGGAAUGACCGAGGAGGGGAAUGUAGCAUGUCCAGGGAGCUGACCACAGGCACAGCUUGUGUCUGUCUCCCUCCCUCAGCAGUUACAGGAGAUAGAAACUGGUCGCAGAGCCCUGUGCUGUAGUUUGGGUAUCAGAACAACUCACCAAAAAAUGCACGGAAAACCCAGUUCUUGAGUGGGAGGAGACGGGAGGAGGGAGAAGACAGGGAUUUCCUUUUCUUUAAAUGAGUGUUACUUUUUGUUAAUGAGUUUGAAUUCAGAAUAAUUUAUUACCUUGGAGUUUUCUUGUAAUUUGAGACUGUCUCCCUUCUUGCUUAAGGCAAAAAUCUAUGGCUGGCUGUUAAAUUCGGAGGUUUAUCCUUUGUCAGGUUUGGCUGCCUUUUCCAAAUUCCCUAAGAGGUAAAUUUGAAUAUGUGUGUUAGGGAGGCUGAGAAAUGAAGGGAAGAUGCAGAGAAAAAGGUGAUUUAAAGGUUAAGGUGGUCUACCCAUGUUUGGUUUGUCUACACACAUUCCUGGAAUAGUUUUAUUUUCCCUCAUGCUAUGUAGGAGUUCAUUCAGACGAGGAAGUUCCUAGAGUCUGUGCAUCAGGAGCAUUAGCUAUUUUUUGUUUUUCCUUAACUAUUUGUUUGUUUUUUUAUUCACAAAUUUGUGGCUGCUGUGUUUUGAUGACUUUGUUUUUGAGUUGUUUGGAUCUGAGUGCCAGUUUUAUCCAGUGUGCAUCUCUUUUGUGUGUGUGUCAACCUGUACCUUUUCUAGAGUGGCAAAUAGUGUUUUGAAAUGGGAGGAAUACCCCAAAUGCCCUUAUACUUGAAGCUGAGGUUUGUGAUAAACAUUUUACAUCUUUUAAUUGAAAAUUCACUUAGUGUUUUUCUAGGUGGUUUUGAGUGUGGUCACUGAAAUGCUCAUAACCAGCAGAAGCCAUUGGUGUGGAUAAGGUCAUGUGACCUCAUGUGAAGAAUAAAAGCUCAGGUCUGAGGGCUCUGGUUGUGAUUCCUGUUGGCCCCACUGGAGGGAAGUUCAGAAGCGGCCCCUCGAGGAGCACAGCUACCACAUCAACUGUUUGCUGGAGACGGAACCAUUGCAAGGAAGAGACGAAGAUGCAGUAGCCAGUGCUGACUUCUCUACCAUGCUCUCUGAGGAGGAGAAAGAGGAGUUAAAGGCAGAAUUAGUUCAGCUAGAAGACGAAAUUACAACAUUACGACAAGUUUUAUCAGCGAAAGAAAGGCAUCUGGUUGAGAUCAAGCAAAAACUCGGCAUGAACCUGAUGAAUGAAUUAAAACAGAACUUCAGCAAAAGCUGGCAUGACAUGCAGACUACACCUGCCUACAAGAAAACACACGAAACCCUGAGUCACGCAGGGCAGAAGGCGACUGCAGCCUUCAGCAACGUUGGGACGGCCAUCAGCAAGAAGUUUGGAGACAUGAGGUCUCACUCCAUCGGCUACUCCAUUCGCCAUUCCAUAAGUAUGCCUGCUAUGAGGAAUUCUCCUACUUUCAAAUCAUUUGAGGAGAGGGUUGAGACAACUGUCACAAGCCUUAAGACGAAAGUAGGCGGGACGACCCACGGCGGAGGCAGCUUCGAGGAGGUGCUCAGCUCCGCGGCGCAGGCCAGCGCGCAGAGCUCGGGGGGCGGCCCCCGGCGGGCCGAGGAGGAGGAGCUGCAGUGCUAGCCCCGGCCCGCGCCCCCGACCUGGAGACCAGACUCCCGCUGGGAAAAGCCAGGCCUUGACCUUGUUCUUCAACUGGCCUCGCGCCAAGUUUAAUAAAAUGACUUCCACUUGUAUUUGUGUUGAUGAUGGACCGCUUGACCAUCCCACUUCAGUCUUCACAGACUGUCCUCUUGUAAAAUGUCCUGAUUUGAGCAGGUGCACAAUUGGUCGUGACCCUUGUCUUUGUGUAAUUCAACAUACCUUCCAAACCUGUAGCUCUUACUUAUUUGCUGUGGUGUUUGCUUGGACUCCUUUACCAUGUGCAUGUCUUUGGGCGCUAAGUGAGUACCCCCUCUCGGUUGAGUCGGUCCACGGGAGGGAGCUCUUUCCGACCGACCGUCUCUAGCAACGGGAUGACUGCAAAUUUCAUCAACCUGCCUGUGAUCGCCCCUCACCUCUAUCAAUUAUGUAUGUUUAUUUAAGCAAUUAAAAUAAUUGACUUUAAUGA